AUGGGUCAAGGCUUCUCUCUCGCAACGCCCUCCGCGGGCUCGGCGGGGAUCGACAUUCCCGAGCUCUCCGAUCUCGUGUAUGAGAAGAGCAUCGGCAAUGCGCGCUUCAUGAAGAGCAUCCGCGCCAGGCACCAUGAUGGGGUCGCCCUGGUCAAGGUCUUGGUGAAGCCAUACACCCCGAUGCCUCUGGAGAAGUACAAGCGCGAUAUUGAAAAGCAGCGCACUGCUCUGGCCGAUGUGCCCAACGCCUUGGGCUUCCAACGCAUCGUCGAAACCGAGACGAACGGUUACGUCGUCCGACAGUUCCUUUACAACUCCCUAUACGAUCGAAUGAGCACCCGACCGUUUCUGGAAGACAUCGAGAAGAAAUGGCUGGCCUUCCAGCUGCUUUGCGCCUUGCGCGACUGCCACGCACGAGACAUCUACCAUGGCGAUAUCAAGACCGAGAACACGCUGGUGACGUCGUGGAACUGGCUCUACUUGUCCGACUUCUCCUCCCCUUUCAAACCUAUCAUGCUUCCGGAUGAUAACCCCGGGGAUUUCUCAUACUAUUUUGAUACCUCUGGGAGGCGAACGUGCUACGUCGCCCCGGAACGAUUCGUCCCGGCCGACGAGGUUGACAGCAAGGACGCGAAGCUCACGUGGGCCAUGGAUGUCUUCAGCGCCGGCUGCGUCAUUGCAGAAAUGUUUCUUGAGUCGCCGAUCUUCACGCUCAGCCAGCUGUAUAAGUAUCGCAAGGGCGAGUACGAUCCGGUCAUCUCCCAGAUCAGUCGCAUUCCAGACAAGGACUUGCGCGACAUGAUCUCGCACAUGAUUCAACUAGAUCCGGAGCGGCGAUACUCGGCAGAGCAGUACUUGGAUUUCUGGAAGAAGAAGGUAUUCCCCGAGUACUUUUAUAACUUUCUCCAUCAAUACAUGGAGCUCAUCACAGACCCGUCAUCCGGGAACAACCCCAUCUCUGGUGCGACAAGGAAUUUGGGCGAGGCCGACGACCGCAUCGAUCGUGUCUUCCUCGACUUUGAUAAGAUCUCCUACUUUCUUGGCUACCAGAACGAAAAGCGCUCAACGCAGAUUGAGCCCUUAGCCGGGAAUCUUGGACUGGGCCAUUUCCCGAUACGCCUCAACAUACCCAACCACGAAAAUUACAUCACGGGGGCAUCGGAUCCUCCAGAAGACGACGGGACGCUCAUAUUCUUGACGCUGAUCGUAUCAUCUCUCCGAAAUACGGCGAGAGCGGCGUCAAAGAUCAGGGCCUGCGAUGUUUUGCUUGCCUUUUCCGAGAGAAUCACGGACGAAGCAAAGCUGGAUCGAGUACUGCCAUACCUCAUGACGCUUCUUAAUGAUAAGUCCGAUCUUGUGGUUAUCGCGGGUCUUCGUUCCGUCACUCAGCUUCUGCAGCUCGUACGGGUCGUCUCUCCUGUCAACUCACACAUUUUCGUCGAGUACAUCCUGCCUAGGUUGCAGGGCGCCAUCGUCGCAAAUGCAAACAUACCAAGCCCGUUAGUGAGAGCCACCUAUGCAUCAUGUUUGGGGAGUCUUGCAAACACUGCCGCACGAUUCCUGGAGUUGGCAGCAACAUUGAAGGCGGAUGGCACCCUGACUGUCGCCGACCCCGAGCUUGAACCUGGAAUCGAGGCUGAGGCUGCCUUUGAUGGCCUCUUCGACGAUGCCCAGAGGGAGCUCUAUGAGAUGUUCGAGCUACACACAAAAGCCCUGGUUGAGGACCCAGAUGUGUCUGUUCGCAGAGCAUUUUUGACCUCAGUGCCCAAUCUGUGCCUCUUUUUCGGCCCAGCGGAGGCUAAUGAUAUUCUUCUCACACAUCUCAACACCUACUUGAACGACCGCGACUGGAUGCUGAAGUGCGCCUUCUUCGAGACUAUAGUCAGCAUCGCUAGUCUGGUGGGCAGCGUCAGUCUGGAGGAGUUCAUGCUACCUCUCAUGGUUCAGGCUUUGACUGAUCCAGAAGAAUUCGUCGUCCAGGCGGCUCUCCAUUCUUUAGCACAAUUGGCGAGGCUGGGCCUGCUUUCAAAGACGAAGAUGUGGGAGCUUAUCGAUGUGGUCGUACGCUUUACGAUGCACCCGAAUGUCUGGAUCCGAGAAUCUGCCACAGAGUUUCUAUCUGAAGCCACGCGCUUUCUGUCUCCGGCAGAUGUCAGGUGUAUCGUCUUUCCCAUGGUCAAGCAAUACCUCAAAACGGGAAUGGUGCCCGAGUUUGCCGAGCUUGCACUUCUAGACGCUCUGAAGCGACCCAUGUCAAGAGCUGUCUUCGACCAGGCCUUGAUGUGGGCGCUUAAAACGGAUAAGGGCGUAUUCUGGAAAUUAUCGCAGCAGAUUCGAUCGUUCUCUUAUGGAUCUCUCCCGAAGACCAUCACUGGCCGAGCAUCUAAGGACACGCUCAGCAAGGUUUCGAAAAAUGAUGAGGACGAGCAGUGGCUUGACCGACUCCGAAACCUCGGUCUCGGGCCAGAUGAUGAGUUCAAGCUCCUUGCGUUACGGGAGUUCAUCUACCGAGUUAGCAAGAUGAAAUCAAGAGACGGCGUCGAUCGAGACCCAGCCAAGUUGAACGAGGUAAUCUCCCUCAAGAGCCUCGGCCUCACGCCGCAGACAGUCUUCUUCGACGAGGAGCCGCUGCAGCAGUCUACAUUCCAACCCGAUGUAGAUCAAAGGGGCCCUUACACAAUUGCCGACGCUCUAUUGGACGCUUCUAUGACUAUCGACGAUUCCACAGGCAAACGGAAGUUUGCAGCCCUCAAUAGUCUGCGCACGCGCGUGGUGGAAGACCAAGGCUCUUCAUCACGGGACGUAUCGCGCGUCAGAUCAAUUGACCCAUCGAGACGCUCGUCAACCGGCCAAGGCAAGCUCACAGUAGGAAGCCCGACGGAUGACAGCGCUUCGGUUCACGAUCAGCCUUACGCAAUCCGGAGGGCAAUCCGACAUCAAUCGAGCGCCUUGAGCUUGCUGGAUCGUAAGGAUGGCAACAAAAGCAUACCCGAGACUGGCAUGUCUGGCACCAAUGCUUUCGGGGAAGUGGAAGGACCUUUUGCCCAGGCGCCACUUGUCCGGCCCGACAUGCAGGAUCGCCGGACCAGUACUACUAGCGUCGUAACGAAGUUGAGGCCGAAUCACUCUUAUGAGGGAUCCGACCCCAGCAUUCUCAAGAUGCUAGAUUCGAUGUACCAAGACAACUACCCCCACGACAUCGCCGAAUUUGGGCCUAUGGUCACUCCCAUUACUCGUCGCAAGCCAAACCGGUCUGUUGGCCAGUCUGGUGAUGACCCCUGGCGACCAAGUGGCCGCAUGGUUGCUACUUUUGCAGAGCAUACUGGUGCGAUCAACCGCAUCGUGGCGUCUCCAGACCAUGUGUUCUUCGUUACCGGUGGCGAUGAUGGUAAUGUCAAGGUCUGGGAUAGUGCCCGGCUUGAGAAGAACAUCACGCACCGGUCGAGACAGACACAUAAGCACGCGGAAGGAGCUAGAGUUCUUGCGUUGUGCUUCAUCGAGAACACGCAUUGCUUCAUCAGCUGUGCAAGCGACGGCAGUGUACACAUUGUCAAGGUCGAGACUGUAUCGGCCAGCGGAGUACUGCGGUACGGGAAAUUACGUCUUCUCCGAGAGUAUCAGCUUCCCAAGGAUGAACACGCCGUAUGGUGUGAGCACUUUAAGAUCGACAGUACCUCAGUUUUACUGCUGGCGACAAACCGGUCACGCAUCUUAGGCAUUGAUCUUCGGACAAUGAAUUUGCUUUACACGCUAGAAAACCCUGUUCAUCAUGGGACUCCUACAUGCUUCUGCGUGGAUCGCAAGAGAAACUGGCUGUGCGUAGGAACUACACAUGGCGUUCUCGACCUCUGGGACUUGAGAUUCCGUAUGAGGCUCAAGGGCUGGGGUGUACCCGGCAAGAGUUCGAUCUACCGGUUGUGCAUACAUCCUAGCAAGGGACGAGGUAAAUGGGUCUGUGUCGCUGGCGGGACGGGUCAGGGUGAAGUUACAGUUUGGGAUCUUGAACGCACAAUUUGCAGAGAGAUCUAUCGGGUCGGUGGCAACAAGGAAGGGCCAAAGGGAUACGAGCCAUGGGAAGUGGACGAAGACAAGCCUGAGGGCAUGCUGGGCCGGUUUGCGACCAACAUCGAGACGAGUGGAAGUGGAAACGCGGACCGCGGUGUUCGUGCCAUGAUCGCAGGCACAGGCGCCACUGACGACUCGCGAGAUGUGCGACAUGCCUUCAUCGUCACCGGCGGAUCAGACAAGAAGCUCAGGUUCUGGGAUCUUUCCCGCAUCGAAAGCUCUACGGUGUACAGCGGGUUGCAAGUUGACGACCCAAGGCCUACGUUUGCGGCCUCACACCCGACAACAUCCAUGACUCUGAACACGGAAAGGAUUCCGAGGCAGAAUGCGACAGCAUCCAACGCGGCGGGCGGAACGAAGGGGAAGGUCACCGGCGGAAGACCAACGCGCUCUACAGUUAUAUCUCUUCAACAUCAGCAGCUGCUGCGAUCUCACUUGGAUUCGAUUAUGGAUGUGGCGCUACUGGAGUUGCCUUACAGCAUGACUCUGUCAGUGGACAGGUCUGGGGUGGUUUUUGUUUUUUCGUGA